AGUUGACAGAGGAAACAGAGGUCAACAAGGAUACAGCAAACCAAAGAUGAAGAUGUAUGAUUAGAUUAGAAGAUGUAAACAGCACAAGAUCACAAGAACUCUUAGUACAUUGGUGACUUUGAGUAGUAGAUGCCUAGUACAUGGUACUGAGUGAAGAAUGGCUUGACCAUCUGCCAGUCCCUUCACUAGCAAUCUCUUCUGUGCCUCCAUCUCCGUCACCCCUAAACAUCCUUUAAGUUACUAGAUGCAGGUAACACUGCAUCUGAGUCAUAAUCGUGUCAUAAAUGUCUCCUCCUCCCCAUUUACACUGCCACUGCUCUGCUUCGAGACCUGGGCAUCUUUACUUCCUAAAUGGCCCCUCUUUAUAAAAGUUCAGAUUCCACACAAUCAUCAAGAUUAGUGAUCUGAAACACAAAUGCGAUAAUGUCACGCUCUAGUUUAAAAAAAGAAAACUCAGUUAUUUCUCCUUGUCGUCAAAGGUUUAAACUCUUCAGCAUGGCGUUCAAGGCUUUUUAAAAUCAGAUCUCAUCUUUUUUUUCUUUUUGCCUUCACUGAGUCUCUGUUGCUCUCCUUGGACUUUGUCUAGUUGCAGCGCUGCAGCCGCUCUCCGCUGCAGUGCACAGGCUUCUCCUCGCCGUGGUUUCUUGUGGAGCCCGGGCUCCAGGCAUGCAGGCUUCAGUAGCUGCAGAAGGCAGCCUCAGUCGUGGUGGCUCACAGGCUUAAUUGCCUCGUGUGCGGAGUCUUCCCUGGCCAGGAAGCAAACCCAUGUCUCCUGCACUGGCAGGGGGAUUCUCAUCCACUGCGCCUCCAGGGAACACCCUCAUCCUGCUAUUUCUAACCUGAUGUAUCCCUUUUCCCCUCCACAUGCUAACUGUUCUGUCCUACUCAGAAUUCACUAACACUUCCUAGGUGAGUUUUCAUUGUCUAAGCUAUUUCAUUGUCUAAGCUAUUUCUUUCUCCCUCUCCUGGGUAGAAGUUCUAUUAGGUUUCACUAGAAUAGACCUUUUUUCCCUAAAGUUUUCCUCACUCUGUUCCUCUUAACCCCCAACAGAAUGAACAAAUGGUUCCCUUUUCUGCUUCCGUUGUUUUCUGUGUAAUCCCUGCUAAAUUCUUUUUUACCUUGUAGAUUGUCUUUGACAAUAGGAUGAAAGUCUGUCCUACUAUCUAUGGUUUAGCAGAAUGCCUAGCACAUAUAAAGGGCUCUGUGCAGUGUGCAUCAUCAUCAUCUCAUUUCAUCUCCGCAACAGCCUGUGUGGCUGGUGUUAUUAGUACAGCAUCCCCAUUUUGCAAACAAGUAAACUGAGCUGAAAAGGUCUCACAGCUGGUAGAAACCAAAAUUUGAACCCCAAACCUAAAUCCACCUAACUCCUUGGAAGUCCAUUCUCUUAUAACUGUUUUGCUUUAUGUCUCUCCUGCCUUAAUCUGUGCCUGCUAUCCAGUAGGUGCUCUGACAUGCUUGCUGACUGACUGAAUGAAUAAUACAAAUUCCAUUUCACACAAGAGGCUGAUAAUGUGGUUUCCAUUGAGAGAGUGAAAGAUACCAGUGCACCAUUAAAAAGAAUGUGUUACCGUCAAAACACAAACAUAUACAAAACAGUAGAUUAUUCAUUGGGGGUCAGAAAUGUUAAACAUGGGGGGAGGGGAGAAGCUCCAUUUUCUAAGUAGUGCUAGCUUUUGUAACGCAGGACACAGCAGCGUAGCACAGCUAUAGAAUGUCUAGAGUUGAUUUCCAGGAGACUGCUGCCCCCUUACUUCUCUUUUUAUUAUGAAUGUUCUUACAAGUCAUAUAAUCUACUUGAACUUUCACUGGCAUAAUAUAUUGCAAAGCUAGCCAUAAUGCGUGUAAGGUCUGAGGAGGUAGAGUACAGUAAAUAGAGGAUAAUUGGGAUCAGCACAGUUCGUUGUACAAGGAAAAAAAGUGUUGUUAGUAACAAUACUUGUAGUGGAAGGAAUUGCUGUGGCCCAAAAGACCCAAGAUGGACAAAAUAUUGGAAUGAAGCACGUUCCUGCAACCCAGUGUGGCAUUUGGGUUCGAACCAGCAAUGGAGGUCAUUUUGCUUCACCAAAUUAUCCUGACUCAUAUCCACCAAACAAGGAAUGUAUCUACAUUUUGGAAGCUGCUCCACGUCAAAGAAUAGAAUUGACCUUUGAUGAACAUUAUUAUAUAGAACCAUCAUUUGAAUGUCGGUUUGAUCACUUGGAAAUUCGAGAUGGGCCAUUUGGUUUCUCUCCACUUAUAGAUCGUUACUGUGGUGUGAAAAGCCCUCCAUUAAUUAGAUCAACAGGGAGAUUCAUGUGGAUUAAGUUCAGUUCUGAUGAAGAACUUGAAGGACUGGGAUUUCGAGCAAAAUAUUCAUUUAUCCCAGAUCCAGACUUUACUUACCUAGGAGGUAUUUUAAAUCCCAUCCCAGAUUGCCAGUUUGAGCUGUCAGGAGCUGAUGGAAUAGUGCGUUCUAGUCAGGUAGAACAAGAGGAAAAGACAAAACCUGGCCAAGCAGUUGACUGCAUAUGGACGAUUAAAGCCACUCCAAAAGCUAAGAUUUAUUUGAGGUUCCUAGAUUAUCAAAUGGAGCACUCAAAUGAAUGCAAGAGAAACUUCGUUGCAGUCUACGAUGGAAGCAGUUCUAUUGAAAAUCUGAAGGCCAAAUUUUGCAGCACUGUGGCCAAUGAUGUAAUGCUUAAGACAGGAGUUGGGGUGAUACGCAUGUGGGCAGAUGAAGGUAGUCGGCUAAGCAGGUUCAGAAUGCUCUUUACUUCCUUUGUGGAGCCUCCCUGUACAGGCAGCACUUUCUUUUGCCAUAGCAACAUGUGCAUCAAUAAUUCUUUAGUCUGUAAUGGGAUUCAAAACUGUGCAUACCCUUGGGAUGAAAAUCAUUGUAAAGAAAAGAAAAAAGCAGGACUGUUUGAACAAAUCACUAAAACUCACGGAACAAUUAUUGGCAUUACGUCAGGGAUUGUCUUGGUCCUUCUCAUUAUUUCUAUUUUAGUACAAGUGAAACAGCCUCGAAAAAAGGUCAUGGCUUGCAAAACUGCUUUUAAUAAAACUGGGUUUCAAGAAGUAUUUGAUCCUCCUCAUUAUGAACUGUUUUCCCUGAGAGACAAAGAGAUGUCCACCGACCUGGCCGACCUGUCAGAGGAACUGGACAGCUACCAGAAGACGCGGCGCUCCUCGACUGCGUCACGCUGCAUCCACGACCACCACUGUGGGUCGCAGGCACCCAGCGUCAAACAAAGCAGGACCAACCUCAGUUCCGUGGAACUUCCUUUCCGAAAUGAUUUUGCACAACCACAGCCAAUGAAAACAUUUAAUAGCACCUUCAAAAAGAGUAGCUACACUUUCAAGCAGGCACAUGAGUGCCCUGAACAGGCCCUAGAAGACCGAGUAAUGGAGGAGAUUCCCUGUGAAAUUUAUGUCAGGGGGCGAGAAGAUUCUGCACAAGCAUCCAUAUCCAUUGAUUUUUAAUCUUCUACUGAAGGUGACAUUAAUUAUGAAGUAUGUACGUAUGCGGCCUACAGAGCAUCCAUAUUGUUUUCAACAGCCAACCCUUUUCUCCUGUCAGAACUAGAAAGACCUUCAUUUCCCCUUAAUGUAAUGGUGGAGUUUUUAUUAUCUCAGGCAGUCUAUAUGUUAACCCAACCAAGGAACUUAGUCCAUGCAGUACAAAACAAGAAAUAAGCAUCUACUACUCGGUGUCCCACAGACAACGCACCAGUUACAUAGCAUCUGGAGGGGGAGCGGCGGUGUUGCGCCAGGCUCAGCAGCAGGAAGACUGUUCUUGACUGACACAGCUCUGUCAAAAUUUUGAUCCCACAAUAAGUUUAAACAUAAGAUUUUUCUUCACAUUCUUUUUACUUUUUCUUUUCUCUAAAUUUAAUUUGUUUUAGAAGCCAGUAAUGUUGCCAUUUCAGUUUCUUAUAUAAAUGGUUAAUGUUUCACAUAUAUUUCAGUAUAGGCAUUUGUUCUAGAAUUUGUCAAAAUAUAACUAGCUACUGUGGUAAGUGCCAGUUAAGACACAGAAUUGUGUUUCAUCCAUCUGUUUCUUGAGUAAUUUCCAUACUGCUGCCUUUUAAUUACUGGAUCCUUAACCUUUAUUUUCUGUGACAUGGUUUAGUACCUUUAAGUCAUAUUUUGUUUUGGUUAUAUUACAUUAGAAAGUUUCAUAAUCCUAGGAUAUAUGCACCAUUGCCAGUUACAACUAAGAACUUAAUUAAAAUUUUUUGAAAUUUCCCAGGUUUUAUCACAUUCAGUGAUAGCCCACUUUUUCCUGUGAGUCAUUUAAUUCAUUUUGGGGGUGGCCUAUCUUCAUAUUUAUUUCCAGUGUUACUCAUUACUAGAUCUGUGUUUCCUAUUUUUAUAAAAAGGCUAUUUCACUCCCUUUGUAUUGGUUUGUCCUAUAGCAUAUGGUAACCAAGGUUGUAUGAGAGUUAAAGGAAAAUGCCUAAGAAACUGUAUAAGCCUUUAGAUUGCUUCUUACUUGGGACAAUACAUUUUUCUAGUUCUUACCAAGAAUAACAAUUUCCACUUUUUUUUAAACUGCACUUUGACCUUAUUUUUCUUAUGGUAUGUAAACAAUAAUUUAUAAACAUGAUAUUAAAAAAUCAUUGUGUUUUUUUAGACUUUUUAUAUUAUUUGAUACUGUACAAACUUUAUUAAAUCAAGGUUAAAAACCUCCACGACAGAUUUCUUUUCAGUGUUCGCAGUAGCGGCUUUGUAUACAAAUAUGCUGUGAUGGAACUGUACACUAUAAUUUAUUGUAAAAAUCUUGGAAAUGUGUACAUAAGCUUUUGUUUCCUCUUGUUAUUGCAUUUAGUUUAUGAUAAAUUUUUCACUGGAAUCUUGAUCUAAAUCACUACACAAAUCUGAUAAUUAAAAUACACAUUGUUACAUGAUUCUUCAAUCAUAUUAUUUAUGGCACUGAGAUUUAAGAUCUUAAAAUAUAUGUGGAAAGGAAUCCGUUUAUUGAAUUAUGACUAAUACAGGCAUGACAUUUAAAAGAUAAAUUCUCAUGUUUGAUAUUUUUUGUAGUUAAAUUUUCCAUGAAAUGAGAAAUUAAAGUUUCACUGGAGUUCAUUGACUUUUUAAAAAAUCACAUCUUUACAUUUUCUCAGAUUAGUGAAAACUGUGACCUUAAAUAUGACAUAUAUAUAUAUAUAUAUAUAUAAAAUACUCCUUCAAAAUGCUUAUUAUAUCACAUUUUUUAAGAAGUACAUACUGUCCAGAAUAUAGGAAAAAACUUACACAUAGUAUUGUCUUAAGGUUUUUUAAAACUCAGUAUAAUUUCCAAUUUUAAAAAUACAACUUGGGAAGGUAAAAAGACUUAAUGAAUGUAGUAUUCAGUGAACUAAUGAACUAGAGCCAGAUUAGAUAGCUAAAUUCUUUCAUUAGUUAUGUUGAAUAGGCAUUUUAGUAGAUAACAUGCCAGACAACAUUUAGUAAAUUCUUAAUAUAAUGAUAACUGUGAUCUCUUUCUUAAUGAAAGGGAGAUUAUCAUAUUUCCUAUGUAAAAUUCUAUUCAUUAAGAAAACAAAUGCAUCUUUAACAUCUAUAGUAGUAAAUAAUACAAUAUGCUUAAGAAGCACUUGUAACUAUUUUUAUUUUUGAAAUUUGUGUCCUACUCUCUCUUAAAAGGGCAUGAAGAGGCCUACAAAAUACAAAGCCGUUAAUGAAGACAUUUAACUUUAAAACAGCACAAAAGUACAUGGUUUCAGGCCACUAAGCAAGUAAAGCUUGGACAAAAAAAAUGUUUCUAAAUUUUCCUGCUUCUAAAACAAUUGAAAUCUUUUUGUUUUUCAUAGUAGAAAACUCAAACUUACCUGCAAGAGGCUAGUUUUCUCUUAAACUAAAGAGAGGAGGAUCUUAAUAUUGGAUGACAUUUCCUUGUAAUUUAAAGAAAAUGAAAAAUACACAGAGAGGCCUUAAUGGUAAAUACUAACCCAGUGAAGGCACAUCUCAGUGUGGCCUAGAGACACUGGUUUCUCAUCAGUUUACCUGCAGGGAUAGAAGUAAAGAACCAGAGGAUCAGUAACUACGCCAGCCUGAGAUUGCCAUAUAUUAGUCAUUGAGCCGUGGGUGGCAUUAGAUUGCAUUUAUUUCUUAGUCAAACAUUUGGCAGUAUGCAAUAUGAAGAGAAGAUAAUGGAACUAAUAAAUUUUAGGCAGUAUUACCAGAAUAAUGCUAAUUGUAUAUAUAAUUUUUCAUCUUUGACAUCAAUGGAAAAGCUGCAGAUUGUUUGCUAAUGUGAAAGCCAUAAAUUUUAGUAAUUUAAGAAAAAAUUUAGCCAUCUUGUGCAAGUUAUUGCACCCUUCAGAGACAGUAGGGUGCCCAGUGUUAAACACAGAACAAAAAGGGGAAGCUGGAGGAGUGAGCAGCGGUAGGUUCACCUCCACAGAAGUGUCUGUCAGGCUGUUGAUCCCAGGUUUACCACACACGGUGUCAGCCCCAAGUGCCCUCAGACUGCAGGAACCCUACUAAUCCCAGCAUCUGAAGUAUGUAGGAAUGAAGUGUCAUGUACCUUUUGUGAGGGGAAAUGGUUGACAGAAAGCGAAGGACUUUUCCACGUUGCCAGUCACAAAAGAGAUCAGAAACACUCCUUUGACUUGGACUUGUUAACAGCUUGUGUCAGUGUGUUUGUCACAGUUCAUAUGAUUAUUAGGCAUUAAAACAACCUUCUGAAUGCCUGAACAUUUUUAUAAUGGUGCUGUUGUCUGGUGAGAAUGCUUCCUUGUUUCAGGAGCGUGUCAGCUGUUGAACAGAAUAGGAAAAGCCUAGUUGUGAUCAUAGGAACAGUUCUCAAUCCGAGGAGAGUAUGCUUUCUUACAAAAUGGUGUCUUACAAAAUGAUGUUCAUGAACAGAAGGAACCUUGAAAUUUGGGGGUUUUUUAAGAUUCAAGCAAGAUAAUCUGCUCCAGUUUCAUUGAUGAGAAUACUGAAGCCCAGAGAAAAGAAGGUAGUUCCCACGUCUCGGAGCUCAGUCACCCUUCCCUGCUCUCUGCUGCCUCUCUGCUUUUGCUUGCUCUGUGUUUUAAAAGCCGCUCCAAACAGCAGCCCAGAUGUUUCUUGUAAGCUUGUCAGUUAUUCUGGUUUAAAAUGUAAUUUAUUCUACAUUUUUUUCAAAGCAUUAUAUUUUACUUUUUUUUUCUGUAAUACUUUGUUAUUCUACAAUUUUGUUGCCAUGAUUUCUUGGCACCUGCAAAUUCUGGAAGACAAUUACUCUUAAUUCUUAAUAAACAAUGUUUGUUAACAUUUUAUGACCUUGACACUAGACAGAAAGAGCUUUCACUGGUUUGCUUUUGUGAUCUUUUCUGAAUCUAAAGGAAACGGUGUAUAAUCUAGAAAUUAAAACACAUGUGUGUGCUA